AUGUGGCAGCCGGCCACGGAGCGCCUGCAGCACUUUCAGACCAUGCUGAAGUCUAAACUGAAUGUCCUAACACUGAAAAAGGAACCUCUCCCUGCUGUCAUCUUCCACGAGCCCGAGGCCAUCGAGCUGUGCACCACCACGCCCCUGAUGAAGAGCAGGACUCACGGUGGCUGCAAGGUCACCUACCUGGGUAAAGUCCCCACCACGGGCAUGCAGUUCUUUUCAGGCUGCACAGAGCAGCCCGUCAUUGAGCUCUGGAGGAAGCACACACUGGCCCGAGAAGACAUCUUCCCGGCCAACGUCCUCCUGGAAAUCCGCCCGUUCCAGGUGUGUCUCCAUCACCUGGACCACAGAGGGGAGGCCACGGUGCACAUGGAUACCUUCCAGGUGGCCCGCAUCGCCUACUGCACCGCCGACCACAACGUGAGCCCCAACAUCUUCGCCUGGGUCUACAGGGAGAUCAACGACGACCUGUCCUACCAGAUGGACUGCCACGCCGUGGAGUGCGAGAGCAAGCUGGAGGCCAAGAAGCUGGCCCACGCCAUGAUGGAGGCCUUCAGGAAGACUUUCCACAGCAUGAGGAGCGACGGCCGCAUCCACAGGACCAGCUCGUCCGAGGAGGUUUCCCAGGCGCCCGAAUCCGACGACGGCUGAGGGGACGUCGGGGCCUUCGGAGGGGGCAGCAUUGGUCCAGGCGUUCCAGACCCUGCGAGGAAGCAACGAUUCAAAUUUCGGAUGAGAGACUGCCAAACUCUUGGCCGACCAAGCUUUUAAAAUUCAGAAGAGCAAUUCUAAAUCUAAAGAAAUGUAUUAUUAAAGUAAUUACGUUACAUUGAAAUGUGCUGCUGCUGUGACUGGGAGGAGGGGGCAGUGCGGGUGGGGAAGAAAGUUCGAGACUCUCUCUCUCCUUGUUUUCUCAUUCCCCAGUGCCUCCCUGCAGGAGGGCUCCAUGCUGAUUUUCACCACGCUCAGGCAAAUACACGAGGCUGUUAUUUGACGGGCCCUUCCAGUUUGCCUUAGGACGCCCAGCAAGAAUGUUAGAUGCACUCACCGGGUCGGUGGAUCCGACCCUGAGGCUCCUCUCCCGUGUUUCGGACCCUCUCCUCAGCCAGCCGCUCAGCGCAGCCUUCACCCAGCUUUACAACUAACAGCCCGAUAGCUGGCAGUUAAUUCACAGUUAAAGAUAAUGCUUUUAUUUACAUGAAUAUACCAAGUAGUACCCUCUUAUUGUAUUCACUUCAUCUAUUUUCUUAGAAUCCUUGCAACU